UGUUGGACAGGACAAGUUAAAUAAAUAAAAAUAAGAUAAAAGGAAGUCAGAAAAUGAUAAGAGUCAUGGUGUGCAUUGAAGUGGUCCAGUAAUGAAAUCCAAGCUUUAGCUUGACUAAAAACAUGAAAUAACAAGAACAAAACAUGUCUGGCUCCCAUAUAGCAGCUUAGAAUUGUGUGUAUUGUUCUUAAAGGCGGAUAUGUGGUUGUUACAGGUUUAAGGGUUACAUUCUUGCUAAAUGAAUGCUGAUGAAAAAUACCACGUGGCUCUGUGAGGAUAAAUAAAGCCCAACUAGAUCCUUCUGCUGCUCCUCUGUUGCCUGGUGAGCGUGAACGCGCCAGAAUCCACGCGAUGCUGAUGGGAGAGCCGGCGUGCGCGCGCCAGGCUGUGUGAUUGUGGUGGUGGUGUUGGUGGUUGGGGUGUUUGCAUGUGUGGGAGCAGGAGGGGAGACUCUGCAGUGUCUUGGCAGCUGCAUUAGUGCAUCUCCCACCACGAUGGCUCCACGGCCGUUACCCGCCUCCUCCGCGCGCACUUGACAGCAGCGACCGGUAUGAAGUCGUCGGGAAACUGAGCCGGACAUUCCCUCGCCGCAUCCCCCUGGAGACAGCCGACAGCAUCCAUCCGCGCAUCGAGAAGCGGCGACGAGAAUUUUGAAUGGAAAAUGGCGAUAGGCGAAAGGUCUCGCAGCAUCGUCUGCUUGAUUUCCAUCCAGAUGAUCCUGAUUUUCAGCGCAUCGUGGCCUGGAGCGCAGAGUCUCACGUUCCCGCAGCAGUACACGAUAAUGCACUGGGCCAGACGCAUCGAGCAGGAGAUUGACAGAGUCUUUCAGCACAUCACUGGAGUUCAGCAGCUGAAAGGGAUAUACAACGAAGAAAGGCGGCGGUUCAGUGUGCUGAAGAAUCACCCUCGGAGGAUUGUGGAGAAGGUGGCCUUGGAUAUAGAGAGACUCCUGGCUAAGAAGCGCAAAGCUCUCGAGCGGUUGGCAAGUGAAGCAGAGAGGCUUCAGCAAGAGCAUCUGUGGCAAGAUGGAAUCAAGGAGCUGGACAUGGCGUACUAUGACUCCAAGGCAGACCUGGACUAUUAUUCCAUGGAUGGUGAAGGAGAGGUGGAAAACCCCUCCCACAUCAAGCUGGAGUUUGUGUAUGACCCAAACUUCAAAAACAAUGUCAACUACUCCUAUACAGCCGUUCAGAUUCCCACAGAUAUCUAUAAAGGAGCUCCAGUCAUUCUAAAUGAGCUGAACUGGACACAGGCUCUGGAAAAGGUCUUCAUGGAGAACAGCCGUGAGGAUCCAUCUCUGCUCUGGCAAGCAUUCGGGAGUGCGACAGGUGUCACUCGCUACUAUCCAGCAACACCUUGGAAAACCCCAGAUAAAAUUGACCUGUAUGAUGUCAGAAGGAGGCCCUGGUACAUCCAAGGAGCCUCAUCUCCCAAAGACAUGGUCAUUCUUGUUGAUGUAAGUGGCAGUGUCAGUGGGCUCACACUCAAGCUGAUCAAAGCCUCAGUCAUGGAAAUGCUGGACACUUUAUCUGAUGAUGACUACGUGAAUGUGGCGCGGUUCAACGAGAAGGCUGAGGCUGUGGUUCCAUGCUUCAAACACCUUGUUCAGGCAAAUGUCCGCAACAAAAAGAUUUUCAAGGAAGCUGUGCAGCAGAUGCAGGCUAAAGGCACCACAGACUACAAGUCUGGAUUUCAUUUUGCUUUCAACCAGCUGUUGAAUAAAACAAAUGUUCCACGAGCAAACUGCAAUAAAAUUAUCAUGCUGUUCACUGACGGCGGGGAGGACAGAGCUCAGGAUGUCUUCAUGCAAUACAACUGGCCCAACAAAACUGUUCGAGUGUUCACGUUCUCUGUGGGUCAACAUAACUACGAUGUCACGCCGUUGCAGUGGAUUGCCUGUGCAAACAAAGGUUACUAUUUUGAGAUCCGUUCCAUCUGUGCUAUAAGGAUUAACACGCAGGAGUACCUCGAUGUUCUAGGGCGCCCCAUGGUUCUGGCGGGCAGCGAGGCCAAGCAAGUUCAGUGGACUAAUGUGUAUCAGGAUGCUUUGGGUCUAGGAAUGGUGGUUACUGGGACUUUGCCAGUAUUCAAUCUCACUAUGAACGGAAACACAAAGAAUCAGCUGAUACUGGGUGUGAUGGGAGUGGACGUGCAUCUGGAUGAGAUCAAAAGGCUAACGCCCCGAUACAGCCUGGGGGCCAAUGGAUACAUCUUUGCCAUUGAUCCAAACGGAUAUUUGCUUCUUCAUCCCAACCUUCAGCCAAAGCUUGUGAACCUUCCUGAACCUGUGACGUUAGACUUCCUGGAUGCAGAGGUAGAAGACAAUAAUAAAGAGGAGAUCCGGCGGCAAAUGAUUGAUGGAAGACCAGGUGAAAUGCAGGUCAAGACUUUCAUCAAGUCUAUAGAUGAGCAGUACAUGGAUGAGGUAUACAGAGGUUACACCUGGACUCCUAUCAAUGACACAGAUUACAGUCUGGGUCUGGUGUUACCACUCUACAAUGAGUACUACAUGCAGGCGGAUCUGAGCGACGUGAUGCUACAGCUCCAGUAUAUGCAGUCUCUGCUACCCAGCUCCUUUGAAUCAUCAGGACAUGUGUUUCUGGCUCCAAGGGAAUACUGUAAACGGCUGCAGCUUUCUGAUAAUAACACACAGUUCUUGCAGAACUUCCUGUCUCUCAUGCUGGACAUUUCCCCCGAGUCUGACGAAUGUGAACAAGGCCUCAUCUAUAACCUGAUCUUGGACUCCAGGAUAAUCGGGCAGCUUGCGUCUCGUGUUUGGAAGAACAAGGACCUGAAUGCGUAUGGCUUCUUGGCAGUAUUUGCAUCCACAGAUGGAGGAAUAACAAGAGUCUUUCCCAACAUAGCGGCUGAGUUGUGGGACGAAGAUCCAGAACCUUUCAAUUCCAACUUCUACAGGCGAAGCCUCGACAAUAAAGGCUACAUGUUCAGACCCCCCUCCAGAUCUGCUGCGGACGACUCUAUUGGAGUGGAAAAUGGAACCAUUGGCAUUCUGGUCAGCUCAGCUGUUGAUGUUAAUAUUGGCGGCAAACUGCUCAAACCGGCAGUGGUGGGAGUAAAGCUGGACCUUGAGGCGUGGGUGGACAAGUUUAAAAUCUUGGCCAGCAACACAUCUGACAGUCGACAGGGCACACAUAAGUGCGGACCAUCCAGGAGCUGUGAGAUGGACUGUGAAGUGAACACAGAUGACCUCCUGUGCUAUCUCAUUGACGAUGGGGGCUUCCUGGUCAUGUCCAAUCAGAGGGAUCACUGGAAAAAGAUUGGUCUCUUUUUUGGCGAUGUGGACCCCAACCUGAUGCACGCGCUCUACAACAACUCCAUCUUUGCUCGCCGACAAACCUUCCAGUACCAGUCUGCAUGUGAGCCAGUCAGCAGCAGCCACACCGGAGCGGCGACACGCGGCAUCUUUGUGCCAUCUGUUGCUGAUUUGCUGAGCCUGGCGUGGUGGACUUCCUCAGUGGCAUGGUCUGUCAUCCAGCAGCUUCUUUAUGGUGUCGUCUACAACAGCUGGCUCUACCAAGAUGUCCUCGUUGAAAGCUUCGAAACUAAAGAAAGCAGCUGUGUUACCAUUCAAAGCCAGUUCUACUUCACAAACACCACAAACUCUUACAACGUGCUGCAGGAUUGUGGGAACUGCUCCAGGCUUUUCCACGCAAAGCGCAUCGAAGGCACCAACCUGCUCUUUGUGGUGGCCGAGACGCUGUCCUGCGGCUCCUGUGAGAUUGAGAGGCUGACGCAGGUCAGGACAGAGUUUCAGGAGGAAAAUCCGUGUGAAGUACUGAGCAAUGCACGCUAUCGUAAAGGCCCAACGUCCUGCUUUGACUACAGUGCCUUAGAAAACACAUCUGAAUGUGGACAGGGUCAUUCUUUGCAGUGCUCUGUGGGAGUUCUUCUCUUCCUUCAGCUCCUUCUUCCUCUCUUUCAACAUUUACAUGUGCAAACACUCUGACACUCUCCAUCUCUCUGGGUCCCGGCUUGGAUCUCCUGAAGGUCAGACCAGAUAGUGGCUGGGCCUUCAAUUAUCCACUAACAGGCUCUACGCAUUAAAAGAAAACCCCGGCUCAGCUCUUAGCGGUUUUGCCUUACAGCGUAUGCAUUUAGUGGUGUUUCAGGGCUUGAGUGCAACAUAUAGGGAGGCAAUAUUCAAUGUCUGCAGGUUACUCACAGUAAAGAUGAUGCGGUUGUCCUUGUUUUGUUUUUUUAUCAGUGUAGCAUUCACACACAAGCGACCGUUUAAAGUUGAGGAUGCAAUGAACAUCAGUCAAAUGGUGAUUGUAGUGAUUUGUUUGGAUUAUACAUCUAAAGUUGCAGAUUUUUGCAGGUUACAGUGCUGAAUUCCAACUUCAUUGUUUGUAAGCGUAGCAGCAUUUCUGUGCUUCAAUCCAAGAAAAAGUAACAUCCUGUCAGCUUUAAAAUGGCCCUGAAUCUGUUCCGUAUUUUCUCCAGACUCUUCUGAGAUGCUGCUUGUGGUAUUUCUCUGUGCCUGCUUUCAGUUUUUGCACGUGAGUCUUUAGUCUAUGUCUAUAUGAACAGUACUGGAUGCUUGUUUUGCAGCUACCGCUGAAAUGCAUCGCAUUCACUCCGAUGGCCUUCGGUCCACCUCUGACCUUUGCCGGGACAGUUUUAGCAUUGUUGAUUGUGUCAAAAGUGAUAUGUUCCUGGUCGACUGCUCUUCAAAGCAUGCCUUUUUCUUGGAGUAUUGGAAUCCAACUAGAGUUUUAACAGAAUUUGUAAAAGUUGAUAUUUUUCCCCUAAAACUAUUUUUCUCACUCCACUUUGAAGACUAAAAUAGAACACAGGGAAAGCCACUUUGAUGGAAAUGACCAACAAUUCAAGACACAUAUCAGAGAAGAAAUCUAACCAUUUUAUUACAAGACUGUCACAAGUCUGUUAAAUUCUCAGAUUGAUCCUUUGAAGUGCUUCCAGUUAUAGAGAUAAAAAAAAAACUUGGGUAAAACUUUCUACAUUGCAAUUUUAAAAUUGUAGAACAUUGUUUGCAAUAACACUAUUAUGAGUUGAACCUUUAUUUCAAGUGUUACUAUCCACUUAAUGAUCGCAGGAUUCUCAUGUGAUGUCCUCCUGCCCAGAGCAUGUGCAGACACUAAUGUGAGACUAAAAGGUUGGAACACAUUUGACACAUUAGGUGAUUUGAUGGGACACACUUUUUCUUCUUUUCUUGUCUGUUUUUUUAAAUUUUAUUGUUAAAUCAGAAUUUAUGCACUUAUGUAUGCUUUAGUGUUUGGAAUGUAGGAGCUCUUGAAGUUGGCAUAACUUUUCUGUCUGUUACUAUCUGUCUCUGUUCUCCUGAAGCGACGGCUUACUGUGGAAAAGCGUUUCUGUUAUUGUGUGGUUUUGUAGGGUCGGAGUCAGCAGGAAUGCUUUGAUCUGGCCAAUCAUAAGGCCCAAAAAAUUGACUUUAUUCUAUUUAAAAACGCUGCUUUAACAGCAGGUCAGAAACACUCUAAAUAACUAUUUUUUAACUUCCCCAUUGUUUAAAAAAGGCAUUGUUGAGUUAGUUGUGGGAAUCCUGUUAAAAUCAUCAUAUUAUGCUAUUCAAUCUCAAUUAAGCAGCAUAUUUAAUAAUUGCAUCAACCUAUUUUACUACAUUACUUGUGUUUCCCAUAUUAACUUUAACUUAGAUAUUUUUUUGAAGUUAUUUUACAUUUUUCUAACUUUAUCAAAACAUCUGACAUGUAUACUCACAUGUACAUAAACAGAAACUCACUUUACUGAUCCCUAUGGGUUACAUGAGGAUUAGUACUUUGUUUUGAAUGUAACAGAAACAAGAACCCAAUUAUUGAUCACUGUAUUUUAAAGUUAUGUGAUAUUGUGUCAAUGUAGCUGAUGUCCGAACCAACCUUUUGUGAUCUAAAUAUACACACAAAUCACAUGUAUUCAUUGUUUCCCCUUAGAAUUAUCAAUGGAAAAUAUGAAAAGAUAUUUCUCAAUGCAUUUUGUAAAAUUAGUGUAUAUUUAUGUUUAAACUGAUUUUCUAUCUAUAGUUAAUGUCUUACUUUAAGCUUGAUAAACAUGUAAGAAGUCCAACUGGUAUCUAGGAUGUUUGUUGACUGUUUUUUAGUUUGGCUUCUAUAAUGUGAUGUCCUUGAGACAAGUUUCUAUUUUCUCUAAAUUUAAACUUAUGUCUGGCUUUACUUGUCAUGAGAUUUCUGCCAAACACGAUCCUGCCAAGCCCAAACAGCCCUCAGUGAAAAACAGAAAUACAUUUUCCACAGUGACUCAUUUGCUCCUAUUUUGUCCUACUUUGAUAUUCCUGACAACGUUUUUCUUCCAAAUACUUUACCCAUUUUUUUUUUUUUGUCUACCUGGUGUUCCACCUUGCAGUGCCUUGUUGCACUCAUCCUUUCGGAUAACAGGCACUGCUGGAUCCCACUUGGUUUUGGACAGGUAUCCCACAGACUGUGUGAGACACAGAUGAAGAUCUGAUGUUUUUACAGAAGCAAGUGAGAAGUCACGCUGCUCAUUAAUAACCUGUUAGAGAAGCACAGAUGUGAAAGAGCACACUACUUUUCAUGAAGAAAACGUUCUGCCCUCCUCCCUCAAAUGGACCAACGUCUUCAUCGUGGUUCAGGCUGGAAGCAAAGCACAGACUCUCCUCUUCCAUGGAUUUCCAUUUUUCUCCAUUUGCACACGUGUAUUCAGUACAAAUUGGAAACAUGCUCCUAUUUUUAAGACCGUCUGAAAUGAAUGAAUGAUUCUGUGCAAUUUACCUACAGUUGUGUAUCUCUUCUGUACCCGAGCAUGAUGGGGAUUUGGACAAUGAAGGCCUCAGCACAAGGAAGCCCUCCAGCGUUUACUUCAGGCUGAUAUUUUUCAGUAUUUAAACAACACUGUUGUACACUGGCAAACCCAUUUUUAAGAACUCUUCAUAGCCUAUAUGUAUUGCCAGGUCAAUGUUGUUUUGUUGACUUGUAUUUAUUUGCAUGAUAUUUUGAAGACAGAUUUCUGUAAAUAGGCUGCUGAAUAUUUGACAUUCCCGUCCACAUUCAGCUCUCCAGCACUACAACUGUGGAUCCUGCAGAUGAUGAGGCUGCAUAUCCAGCUUGAAGUUUGACUUCAGUGAAGCCUUCAGUGUUUGCAGAUGAAGUCUCUUUGCAGCAGGUUAAAGCACAGACACGUUCAGAGUUAUGAGCAACAUACUGCCCUGUGACAUUUGCUCUUUAAUUCAAGGAAAUGACCUCCAAUUUAUGUGUUAAAUGAGAAAAAUUGUUAACGUCUCAGUGCUGAUAUGACAGCAGCAUCUCUUUCUUAGUUACCUUUUGAAAUAGUAAGUUUUGGUGUUUGUUUUUUUUUACAUUUAAUUGUGUUUUGAUUUCAAAAUAUUUUGCAUUAUUUCGGGUUUUGAAAGGGAAGUUGCUUUGUUGGAACAGGUCGUGUUAGAUUCUAGCAAAGACACAGGAAAGUAGUUUACAUGAACAUCAGCGACAGAUAUAUUUCACUAAUCUUUUAGGCCCAAGCCAUUUUAUUUGCUAAAUAUCCAACGGUAAAAAUGUUUUUUUUCCCAGUAAAUAUAUUUUUUUGUAAGGUUUUCUUCCGUAUCCGUGUUGGUCUCUAACCACCUCAUUUUGUACUCACAGCUGAAGAUGAAGGCUAGCUUUGUAAAAGAUUUUCUGGGUCUCAUACUAAAAGUGAUAUUUAAAUGUUUAUAUCUGGUGAUUAAAUGCUAUUGAUAUUUUUCACUUUA